CGGGUGUGGAGUCCAGGUGGGAUUCACAUGAGGGGGUGGGACCCAGGUGUGGGACCCCUCCUGUCUCACCUUUGCCGUGGGGGGAGAUUUUGGCGCUUCCGGCUCUCCCCGGGGAAUUUUGUCUCUCCGCAGGGUGCCCGGGCCCGGAGCAGCUCCCCAGAUCCCAUCGAGGACGUGCUCGGGGAGCUCCUGGGAUCCGAUGAGGAGGCCCCGGCCCCGCCCUCCCGAGGUUCCCGCGCCUCCUUCCUGCAGGAGCUGGAUCCCAUGGAUCCCAUGGAUCACCAGGAUCAGGAUCCCAUGGAUCCCAUGGACGAGCUGGACGAGCUGGAUGCAGAAAUCCUGGGAAUGGCCAGAGCCGGGCCCAGGCCGGGGAAACGAGCCGGGAAGGGGCCGGGUCCCCAAAAAGCCCCGCCCCGCGCCGAUGUCACCUUUGGGGACGACGUCGAUGACCUGAUGGAUUCGCUGGGACUCGGCAGCGACGGAGCCGGGAGCGCGCCGGGAUCGCCGCAGGGCCAGGGGCUCCGGAGGGGCCGCGCCGGGAUCCAGGAGCGGCCGGGAAAGGCGGAAUUCCAGAGGGAGCCCAAGGGGCAGGAGCAGCCAGGGCCGGGAUUUCCCUUUGGAUCCUACGAGCCCUCGGUGGCCUCAGGGACCGGGCGGAGACGGGGAAGGAGGUGCUCGGCUGGGAGCAGCUCCCGACGUCCCUCCGGGGCCGCCUGGCUGGGGCUGAAGGAUGAGGAUUUUCCGGGAUUGGGAUCGAAGGAUGAGGAUUUCCUGGGAUUGGGACAGAAGGAAAAGGAUUUCCUGGGAUUGGGAUCGAAGAACAAGGAUUUCCCAGGAUUGGGACAGAAGGACGAGGAUUUCCUUGGAUGGGGACAGAAGGACAAGGGUCACCCAGGACUGAGAUUCAAGAACAAGGAUUUCCUUGGAUUGGGAUCGAAGGAAAAUAAUUUCUUGGGAUUAGGACAGAAGGACAAGGAUCCCACAGGACUGGGGGACGAGGAUUCCCCAGGAUGGGGACAGAAGGACAAGGAUUUCCAGGACAGAAGGACGGGGAUUUCCCCAGGACAGAAGGACGGGGACCCCCUGCGCCCCGGUGUCCCCGGGUCCCGGCGGAAUUCCCACCCCCAGAGGGUCCCGGAGCCCCCCGAGCCCGGCAGGCUGGAGCCCCGCCUCGGGACACGCCCCCACGGGCAGGUGGCACCAGGUGACGCGGCACAGGUGGCACAGGUGGCACCAGGUGACACGGCACAGGUGGCACCAGGUGACACGGCACAGGUGGCAGCAGGUGACACGGCACAGGUGGCACCAGGUGACACGGCACAGGUGGCGCAGGUGGCACCAGGUGACACGGCACAGGUGGCACAGGUGGCAGCAGCCGUGCAGGAGGUGCCGGUUCCUGCCACACCCGCUCAGGAGGAUCUGCUGUGGGACCCUGCCCCAUCCCGCCCGGAGCAUCCCCGAGCUCUCCCGUCCUGGCUCUGCCCGGAGCGUCCCGCAGCUUUCCCGGCCCGGGGGCACCAGGAGCGAUUUGGGAUCUCUCCCAUCCCAUCCCACCAGGAGGAUCUGGGAUCUCUCCCGUCCCGGCCCCACCAGGAUUCCCGAGCUCUCCAGUCCCACCUGUCCCAGGACCAUCCCGGCUGUGGGGUCGCCCUGCAGACCCUCCAGGCCCGGCUGGAGGAGCUGGAGAACCAGGUGCGGACGCUGGAGCUGGGGCGGGCCCUGCAGGAGCUCCCGGAGAGCUGCCACAGCCCCAAGAUCACCCCGAAUCCCUGGAUCACCCCAGACCCCAGAAAUGUCCCAGAUCCCAGGAUCCCUGGAUCACCCCAGAUCCCUGGAUCACCCCAGACCCUUGGAACACCCCGAAUCCCUGGAUCACCCCAGGUCGCUGAAUCACCCCAGACCCCAGGAUCACCCAGGAUCCCUGGAUCACCUCAGAUUCCAGAAUCACCCCUGAUCCCUGGGUCACCCCAGACCCCUGGGGCACAGGAUCACCCCAGAAUCACCCUGGAUCACCCUGAGUCCCUGGAUCACCCCAGAAUCACCCUGGAUCACCCCAGAUCCCAGGAUCACCCCAGACCCCAGGAUCACCCCAAAUCCCUGGAUCACCCCAGAUCGCUGAAUCACCCCAGAAUCCCCCUGGAUCACCCCAGACCCCAGGAUCACCCCAGAUCCCUGGAUCACCCCGGAUCCCUGGAUCACCCCGGAUCCCAGGAGCAGGACGAGCAGCUCACAGCGCUCCGGGCCCGGCUGUGCCGGCAGCAGCGGGAGCAGAGCCGGCUCCAGGAGGCCGUGACCGAUUUGGAGACCAGGCUGGGGCAGCAGGAGCAGCUCCUGGAGCAGGGCGACUCCCUGAGCGAGGAGCGGCGGCUCUCGGCUCAGCUGCUGGCCAUGGAGAGGGCGGCGCUGGACGAGGCCAAGGACGCGUGGCUGGAGGAGCAGCGCGCCGAGCUGCGGGAGCGCUCCGAGGAGCGGCGGCGCCUGGCGGCCGCCGGGGCCGAGCUCCGCUCGCGGGAGCGGCUGAGCCGGGAGCGGGAGGAGCAGCACAGGGAGCGCGCCCUGGGCGUGGACGCGGCGCUGCGGAGCCUGGCCAAGGAUCAGGCAGAGCUGAAGUUCCGGAGCCGGGAGCUGAGGUCCAAGGAGGAGCAGCUGGCCAGGGACAGGGAGGAGCUGGAGGAGGCCUGGAGGGAGCUGAGGCUGGAGAAGGAGAAGGUUCUGCGGGCUGAGCAGCGCCUGCAGGAGCGGGAGGACGAGAUCCGGGACCUGGCCGAG